GUCCAACAAACACUCGCGCUCUACAUAUACGCAUGCGUUGUUCCUGAAGAGGUUGAGAAUCGAAUGGAAGACGGAGGUUGGAGCAAAGAGGAUGUUAGUUUCGUCACAUUGGCAAAGGCAGGGGGAAGGAAAGACCUCCUGCAGCACAUUGAGUACAGCAGACCAGAUGGACAGGAACCCGUGUCUUACCCAGUUGUAGACUGGUUUGCCCACGCCUCCCCCUCCCACUCCUGCUCUCCCCCUCCUCCCACCCUCCCCCCCUCCCUCCUCGACUGGCCUUCGUCACUGGUGGAGGAAGUGCCGGAGAAGAAGAGGAGGAGGAAGAGAGAUCAGGCUCUACGUCCUCACAAGAAGUCCUCUGAAAAAACACCCAUCAAACUGCCAAAAGCAGAGCCAGCGGUAAACAUGAUGCAGCUACUGGCCAUGGACUAUCAGAAGGAAUGGCUGAAGAAAGAGAACAGAAGGCACUUGAGAAACAGAGACUAGUGAAGGAGAGGCGAGAGACCCAGAGGAGGAAGCUGGAGGAGCACACAAUGAGGGCAAGAAGAGUGUGUGGAGUGGAGCCAGCUGAACGCCAGGCUGAGAAACCACGCUUCAUCAUGAAGAGGUUUGCCAAUGUGCCAUCUCGAGUCCAGCUCCCUCCACUGACCACCACUGCCACCAGAGCUCUCCCCGAACCUCAAAACUACUAGCUCUAGAUUGCACCGUCACAUAGAUACAUAGCUCUAUAUAUACUGCACACAGUUAACUAUGAUUAUUGUUUGGCCGCAAAAAGAACAUGAGGCAAUGGCGAAGCAGUGUUGUUCUAAUCAACAGCUUGUGAUAUACACAAUUGAACCUCUU